GGAAAAAUAAAGGGGUAAAAGGAAGACAACACAGAAACCCUUCGGCAACUCUCUGAGAAACUCUUCUUCCAGACACUUCCAAAAAUCCGCCAUCUUCUUCUCGAUUCCUCCGUGAUGUCAGACCGCAACUACGACGAAUCCAACCAAAUCGAGAAGCUCUACGAGUUCGGAGAGCGCCUGAACGAGUCUAAGGACAAGUCUCAGAAUGUUACGGACUAUGAGGGGAUUAUCGAGUUGUCGAAGACGAGCAUCAAGGCCAAGCAGCUUGGGGCACAGCUAAUUCCACGUUAUUUCAAGUUCUUCCCCAGUCUUUCCACCAAGGCUUUCGAUGCACAUGUGGAUUACCUCGAGGAAGAGGAUCUUGGGGUACGGGUCCAAGCCAUUCGUGGGCUUCCGCUUUUCUGCAAGGAUACGCCAGAAUUUAUAUCUAAGAUUGUUGAUGUUCUUGUGCAAAUUUUCCUGACUUGUGAGGACACUGUGGAGCGCGAUGCUGUGCAUAAGGCUCUUAUGUCAUUGUUGAGGCAGGAUGCCAAAGCAUCUUUGAGUGCAUUGUUUAAAUGGGUUGGGACUGCUGAUGAGCCAGCUACUGAAGAUGCAAUUCGUGAAAAGGUUCUAAACUUCAUUAGAGAUAAGGUAUUCCCUCUUAAUGGGGAACUAUUAAAGCCUCAAGAGGAAAUGGAAAGGCAUAUUACGGAUUUAAUUAAGAAGAGCCUAGCAGACGUUACUGGAGAAGAAUUUAAGAUGUUUAUGGAUUUCUUGACAAGUUUGAGUAUAUUUGGCGUGAAAGCUCCUACAGAAAGAAUGCAAGAACUUGUAGAAAUUAUUGAAGGGCAAGCUGAUUUGGAUGCACAAUUUAAUGUUGAAGAUACAGACCAUAUUGCCAGAUUGAUAUCAUGUCUGCACAUGGCUCUUCCGUUCUUUGCGAGAGGUGCUCCAGGGAGCAAGUUCCUUAACUACUUGAACAAGCACAUUAUGACUGUUUUCGACAAGCUCCCAGAAGAGAGGAAGCUUGAUUUGCUCAAAGCUCUUGCUGAUAUUUCACCUUACACAACAGCUCAAGAGGCACGGCAGAUUCUUCCUUCAAUAGUUCAGCUCUUGAAGAAAUACAUGCCUGCCAGGAGGACUGGGGAAGAAAUGAACUUCACUUAUGUGGAGUGCUUGUUAUAUGCAUUUCAUCACUUAGCCCACAAGGCUCCAAAUGCCACAAACAGCUUGUGUGGAUACAAGAUAGUGACUGGCCAACCGUCAGAUAGACUUGGAGAGGACUUCUCAGAGUUUUACAAGGACUUCACUGAGAGAUUGACCAACGUUGAAGAGCUAACCAAGGCGACAAUGAGGAAAUUAACUCAGGGAAUGUCUGAGCACAAUAAAGCAAUGUCAGCUGCAAAGACCGAUGAAGAGAAAGAGAGCUUUAAGACGAAGAAGCAGAAUACUACCACUGGACUUAGGACCUGCAAUAACAUAUUGGCAAUGACAAAGCCAUUACAUGCAAAAGCACCUUCCUUCAUCGGGGACAAAAGUAUCAACCUUUCUUGGAAGGAAGCCGUUAAACCAUCAACUCCUACAACAGCCGGAGGAAAGCGGCCUGCUGGUGCUGCCAAUGGAGCCGAUAACGCGAAGAGAGGACGUGGUUCAGGCGGAUUGCAGAAUCAGCUCGUGAACAAGGCAUUCGAAGGAAUCUCGUACGGCGGUAGAGGAGGACGAGGAGGUUGGGGAAGACGUGGCCGAGGAGGAAGAGGACAAGGACGAGGACGAGGAAGGGGGUAUUAUUGGUAAUAAUCCUAUCAAUUCACUAAAAUCUCUCUUCUUCUUUUAGGAUGAUCUCUGGGUUUUAUGUCUGGACACUAGUUUGUCUUUUUUUGUUGGUAGGAGUUUUUGUUUUUUGUUGGCAGAAAGAACUGUCUGAACUCUUUUUAUGUGUUUCAUUUUAUGGAGAGAUCUUUUUAGGGUUUCGAUUUUUGUUUAGCAGAUGGUUAUAUUUGCCCAUUGAUAUGCCUAGCAACGUUUUGCUUA